CAUGGUGCCGGGCGCGGAGCGGCGGCUCUUCCCGGCGCGGUGUCAUCAGCCGCCGCAGCUCCGCUCUUCUUUUCUUCCCCCAGAUCAUCCCGAGACUUUUUUUUUUUUCCCUUUUUUUUCCUUCUGGAUCAGGCAGCCAUCAGCCCCUUCUCUCAGUGUGUUUCUCCAAACAGGUUGAUCCUUGUUAACGGCCGUCGGUUUCUGGAUGCGAUUCCCUGCGUUUGGAAGAUGACGAUGCCAGGAGAGACCGAAUCGGCGUGACUCACUUUGCGAGAGGAGAAACUUUUUCUCCCAUUUGAAGGCACUCAAACACACGCAGCACUUAAAGCUGAAGUUGGUUUCAAAGCUGAAGUCCUCUGCUUUCCCGGGAUUUGUCUGUGUCAAUUUUCAGAAGCUGCUUAUUUUUUCUUUUCCUCCUCCCCGAUCCCCCCCCGAAGGAAACUGUUGCUCUUUGGAAUAGACUUCUUAAAUGUUUGGGAUCCAAGAUACUUUGGGAAGAGGACCGAUUCUGAAAGACAAAUCUCUGGGUUCUGAGAUGGAUUCCGUCAGGUCCUGGGUCAGAAACGUUGGGGUUGUGGAUGCAAAUGUAGCAGCACAAAGCGGCGUAGCUCUGUCCAGAGCCCACUUUGAGAAGCAGCCGCCCUCCAACUUGAGGAAAUCCAAUUUCUUUCACUUCGUUCUGGCGCUCUACGACAGACAAGGGCAGCCCGUGGAAAUAGAGAGGACGGCUUUUGUGGACUUUGUAGAAAACGAUAAAGAGCAAGGCAACGAAAAGACCAACAACGGCACGCAUUACAAACUGCAGCUCCUGUACAGCAACGGUGUCAGGACUGAACAGGAUCUGUAUGUCAGACUCAUUGAUUCCGUCACCAAGCAGCCCAUAACUUAUGAAGGACAGAACAAGAACCCUGAGAUGUGCCGAGUGCUGCUCACCCAUGAAGUCAUGUGCAGUCGGUGCUGCGAGAAGAAGAGUUGUGGCAACAGAAACGAGACUCCAUCGGACCCCGUGAUCAUCGACAGAUUCUUCUUAAAAUUUUUUCUCAAGUGCAAUCAGAAUUGUUUGAAAACAGCAGGAAACCCCCGAGAUAUGAGGCGGUUCCAGGUUGUGCUAUCCACAACAGUGAAUGUUGAUGGGCACGUGCUGGCAGUGUCUGACAACAUGUUUGUUCACAACAACUCCAAGCAUGGACGGAGAGCAAGGAGACUCGACCCCUCUGAAGCCACACCUUGCAUCAAAGCAAUCAGCCCAAGCGAAGGGUGGACAACAGGAGGAGCAAUGGUGAUCAUUAUUGGAGACAACUUCUUUGAUGGGCUUCAAGUAGUGUUUGGAACCAUGCUUGUGUGGAGUGAGCUUAUCACGCCUCAUGCCAUUCGAGUUCAGACGCCUCCACGUCACAUUCCCGGAGUGGUUGAAGUGACAUUAUCAUACAAAUCCAAACAGUUUUGCAAAGGCGCCCCAGGCAGGUUUAUUUACACAGCUUUAAAUGAACCUACUAUAGAUUACGGUUUCCAAAGACUGCAAAAAGUCAUCCCAAGACAUCCUGGGGACCCUGAAAGAUUAGCUAAGGAAAUGCUGUUGAAACGAGCUGCUGACCUAGUUGAAGCACUGUACGGAACGCCGCAUAACAACCAGGACAUCAUUCUGAAACGAGCUGCAGACAUCGCAGAAGCUCUCUACAGCGUACCGCGGAAUCCCGCGCAGAUCCCUGCACUGUCCAGCUCCCCGGCGCACAGCAGCAUGAUGGGCAUUAACUCCUACGGCAGCCAGCUGGGGGUCAGCAUCUCAGAGUCAACACAGGGAAACAACCAAGGUUACAUUCGUAACACAAGCAGCAUCUCACCCCGCGGUUACUCAUCCAGUUCCACACCUCAACAGUCCAAUUACAGCACUUCCAGCAACAGCAUGAAUGGCUACAGCAACGUCCCCAUGUCAAACCUGGGUGUUCCAGGCUCCCCCGGUUUCAUUAACGGCUCUCCAACAGGAUCCCCUUAUGGAAUAAUGUCUUCAAGUCCAACAGUUGGCUCCUCCAGCACUUCUUCCAUCCUUCCGUUCUCCUCUUCCGUCUUUCCUGCUGUCAAACAGAAGAGUGCCUUUGCUCCCGUCAUCAGACCCCAAGGGUCUCCUUCUCCUGCCUGCUCCAGUGGCAAUGGAAAUGGGUUUAGAGCCAUGACUGGUCUUGUCGUUCCCCCGAUGUAAGGAAGAGGCAGCUUUGCUCCUCUCCCUCUUCCCUUUUUUCCUCUUUUUUUUCAUUUUUCUUUUACAGCACAAAACUACUUAUUGUGAUGGACCACUAAAAAGAAAAAAAAAAUAAAUAGCACUACAAGCUCUUUUUGGGGGGAAAGCCAGGCCCAGGAAAUAAAAGGAACAUUUUUUAUGGAUUGGACGAGACAGAAGGCUGCAUCUUUUACCUGUUUGAUAUUUCUGACACAACCACGUCAACUCCUAGAACACUGCGAAUGAAGAAUCAGCCAAGAGCCAGAGGACAAACAACAGUUGGCAGAAUGGGAUCAGAAAUGCAAAGUCUUGAAAGACACGAAACCUUCCUAAGAUUUGUAAAAUAUUAAAAGGAAAAAGAAAUUGGCAAAAAUGAUUCAAGCUUGAUAUUUUGGAUACAAUUUGUUUUACUUUGUAGGGGAAAAAAGUUGAAGUUUCUAUUUUAUAUGGAGCCUUUCAGAUAUCAAUUUAGUUUAUGCAGAAAAAAAAAUAAAAAAAAAAAAUCAACAAAACAGGGUACCAGCAUGAAAGAAUUUCUAGGACAAACUGACACGAGUGAUGGAACUUUGGUGUAUGUGUGUAUUUGCUUAUAGUUUAACCUCUUUAAAAAUGUAAGAUGUUUUACAAUUAUUUAAAUAAAUAAACUUGUAACUUAUUGUAUGUAGAGGUAGAAAUUAAACCUUUUUUGGAUUUUUUCCUCCAGUUGUACAAUGAAGAAAAAUGAUGCAAAAAUGUAGUGACAAGUUCAAGAUAUAUUACUGCUGCGGUCGCUCCUCACUUCUUCCCUCUUAGUGAAUCCAUGUGCAAGGAUAUCAUAGGAUUCUUUCUGAUCAAUUAACAAAAUUGUCAGAAACUGAUAAACACGUGAUGAUAUACAGAACACUGAUUCACGUACAAAUUUUCAUCCUCCUCCUCUUCCCCCCCUCCUGUGUUUUGUUUCAAUUAAGACAUUCAGGUACUAAGAUGAACUGGUAAGUUUCAAUGACCCCAUUGGCAAACGAGUGGCACACGUAGGGAUUUGAACCAUUUGGAGUCUUCACGAGGUACUGAGUUUACUUUAUACACUCAGUGUAUGAACUGGGGAGAGAAAGAGUUCUCUCAAACAUUGUUCUUCUGUGCAGUUGGAACACUUUGCAUUCAGUUAUACUUCGCGUUAAGGGCGCAUUUGUAAAGGGAAGAUACGUUUUUGAAUAACUUAUGCACUUUUAUCUUGAGUCAUUCCCAGCGGUAAGUAUUUUCCAUUUAUACACUAAAGUUUGUAGAAGCAUCCAGUGUGAUUUUUUUCUGCAUUUUGGCCUAAAACUGACAUUUAGUUCUCCUUUGCUUCUCCCUUCCUGAAGUUGGAAGGUGAGAAUGUAAGGAAAGCAAUCACAACUUAUCUGAUAAAGCAGAGACCACUAAAAAGAAAUUGAUUUUGUUGGAAAGCCAUUUUUUUGAGGAAAAUAAAAGUCAGCUACACUAUUUACUCCCUACUAAAACACCAUUCACAGCUGCAUGAAUAGUUGUUCCUAUGAUAGCAUCUUUCUGUUGAUAAAUAAAUCCUUAAUAUAUGGUCCCUAAAACUACUUGUCCAAUGCCCAGUAUUUUUACCAAUACAUUAAAUAGUAUUCUUGUGAUUCAACAAUUUGUGGUAGAUGAUGUUCUCCAUCUUGAGUCCAUCCUGAACUGGACAGCUGGGACAGCAAUGGCUGAGGCCAUUUGGAGCAAAUUUGGAUUAGUAAUAGAUUAGAAGGUCUCUGUGGUUCAGAGCCAGCUGCAGCAAUCAGUGCCUGAAGCUCGGUAUUGUGUGGUAUGAUUGUCAUAGGCUCCCACCUUACAGACAGGUUUUGGCACAGGACUGCAUUCUGCAAACGUGUAAAAUCAUUCCUGUAAAUAGCCUGGUGCAGGGAAGCUGACUUCUUGGGACUGCACUUCUGGUUCAAACUGCUAAAAACGGGGCCUCCUCAAAGCUUAAUUUGGUGAAGCAUACAGUUCACCUUCUGAGAAAUGCAUUUGGUUUACAGACAUGUUAGCAGGAUGUGUUUCUAAACCGGAAUGCAGCACAGCAGGGAAGCCAGUGGACUGCAAAGACAAUGAAUUGAGCUAUUCCUAUGGUUCCUGAUGGUGAUCCUCCUAUUGGGAAGCAGCUCUGUGCUGCUCCUGACUGCUGUGAUAUUUCAGGAGGGCUUCUCAUGUCAUAUUUUAGAAAGGGAAGAGAGAGGUUACUGUCCUCUAAAACUCAUGGCCCAAUUUAUCAGAAAAAGUAGCAAUUUAAAGCAGCUUUACAAAGAAAUUUGCUGGGAAUAAUGUGCUUUUAAGAAGCACAGAUACAGUUAGUUAGAGUCUUACAGCCAGGAUACUAAGAAAGUGUCUCAUUCCAGAAAAGAUGAAAGAAAAUAACUCACCGUUUAUCAUGGUUGCAAGUUCAUUGACACUGCAGGUUCUGUGCAUGUCCUUCGUGCCAUCAAGGAAGGAGAAACCACUGGAGGUCAGCAACACAACCAGCAUUGAAUCCAAGAACUCCUGAAAUACGAAAGAAUGAGUCUUACCAGACUUGUUUCCAAUAGACCAUCUCUGUUCCCCCCACUCUGAUGUACUAAAAAAUUUUCCAGCAACUCCAAUGCAUAGAAAUACUGCAUUUUUUUCCCCAGUCUCCCUUUCUCUUCAGGCUACUUUCUAAUUUUAUCCCAAUGAUACUCAAAAUUCCAUGCCCAGGAAACGCUCCAGAUACAAACUUCUAGAACACAGCCUGAAAGGCAGCACCUUGCUUCCUUGAUCCCUCAUAUUUUUAACAAACAUGUUCCUUUCACAUCUCAGUUACUUUCAUUAGCUCCAUUCAGUCCCACAGCUGGGGGAGCUGUGAGCCCAAAGGAAAAGAAAACCUCCCCAGGAAGGCACCUCCAGGGCUCUCUAUGGGACAAGAACCAAGUCUGGCUGCCUGAGACAUAAUUUAACGGGGUUUGAUUUGAGCCAAAAGAAUGAAAGAAGUCAACAUAGGAAUGAUUUAGAACACAAAUUUCGCUCACGCAUGUAAAUCCUUGUAUUGAAACGAGCAUAGAAGUUACCAGUAGCUUUACAAAGAGAAAAGGUGUGUAAAUAAAUACAAUCAAAAAAAUCCUUGAGCGUGAAUGGAGGACAUUGGCAGUGGCAAAAUACCCAGCAAAAAGGAAAAGGAAAUGUAAAAAGAGAUAUAUAUGUAAGGAUUUUUUCCAAUGUAAUAAGCAAAUCUGUCCUCUUUUAGUUAUUGCUGUUUAAUAUUCCCAUAUGACUUUCCUUUUUGCCACUAGAAAGAUGAAAGUGUCGCGAUAGGUAAUUACAGAUCCUAUCAUAACUUUGAAAGAGUACAUUUUAUUUCAUUAUUUAUCUUGGUAUAGCAUCUUACUCUCCCUAUUUCUUUGCACACUUCCAAUAUGCAUGGUUUUUUAAAGACCAUUUUCUCCCUUCUGUAAAUUAAGGCCUCAUUUCUCCCUACUGUAUAGUUUUGGGGUUUGUUUGGGGUUGGCUGGUUGAUUUUUUUGGUUUGGUUUUGUUUGGUUUUUUUUGCUUUGUCAGUUACACUCAGUAUGAAGUUGCUAUGCACAGAGCUUUUGUAAAGAUAGCAUUUUUUUGUUUUGUUUACUGUUUUUAAUGGUCCUACUUAUGGAAGAAUAUCUUGUUUGUAAAAUGAAUAUGUCUACUUCCGUUUUAAACUUUAAAUUAUCCUAACAAAAAAAAUAAAAUUUUUGUACUGUAAA